UGAAUCCAACCGAUACUCAACCAAAUUCUACGACAACAAAGUAUGUAAAAGUUUUUUGUUAGGCUGCUGUCCGCAUGAGAUCCUCGCUUCAACGACAUGUCGCUACUACUUUUCCUCAAAACAGAAUCUCUAGUUACGAAGUCGUCGUUCCUCUUUGUGGGAGCUCUGGAACGACCAGAUAGGGUUUUAAAACAGAACAUCUAGGCGAUGAUCGUAAGUACUUUUAACUGUCCGUCAAACUUUGAUCAUCAACCGCUCCGUACCAAAUCGAAUUAACUGCCUAUAAAAGCUUAGGAUUUCUUUGCGAAUCUUUCCCAAAUAAGAAAGCCAGGUCGAGUCCGUGUUAUCCUUCGUCCGGAAGUGCGCUCAUUCGCACAAGAACCUGGUGGUCCCGCACGCUGGAACCAGUUGACCCGAAUGGACCUCGGAGAAUGUCCCAAAGUGCACGAUCUGGCCCUGCGAGCUGACUACGAAAAUGCUUCCAAAAGCAAGGACUACUACUACGAUGUCGAUUCCAUGGAACACCUGCAGGCAUUCAUCGCCGAUUGCGACCGGCGUACGGAAGCGGCCAAGAAGCGGCUGGCCGAAACGCAGGAGGAGCUGACGGCGGAAGUUGCGGCCAAGGCUAAUGCCGUGCACGAACUGGCGGAGGAAAUCGGUAAGAAACUUGCUAAAGCGGAAGCUCUAGGUGAGGCUGGUCAGGUGGAGGAAAGCAUGAAGCUGAUGUCGGAGAUCGAUGAGCUGCGCGCGAGGAAGACCAAAGCCGAACAGGAGUACCGCAGUGCAAUACCGGCCAGCAGCUACCAGCAGCAGAAGCUGCGUGUCUGCGAGGUUUGUUCGGCUUAUUUGGGCAUCCAUGACAACGACGUGCGGUUAGCGGAUCAUUUCGGUGGUAAGCUUCAUCUAGGAUUUUUGGCAAUUCGUGAAAAGUUAAUUGAAUUGGAGAAAACGGCCGGACCACGGCAAAAAGAGUUGCGGAAGAAUGGGCGUCGCGAAGGCAGCAGCUAUGAUGACGACCGCCCUCGAUCGCGCUUCGUUGGCAGUCGUGAGCUGGACAGAAGGUCACGAGCGCUGGUUCGCGAUAAAGAUCGAGACCGACGUGAUAACCGCGGCGAACGCAAGCGUUCAUCGGAACGAUCAGAACGAUCGGAUCGUCGUCGAUCGAAAAGCCGUGAUCGACGGUCACGGAGUCGUGAUCGCCACUCACGAGAACGAGAUCGUGACCGUCGUGAUCGCGACCGCGAUCGUGAUCGUGACCGCCGUCGUCGAUCACGUUCCAGGGAGAGAUCCAGACGGUAAGCAUUGAUCUUCUUUUGCUGCAGAACAACAGGACGAAUUCAAAUACUACGAGAGCCGGGAGUCUAGAUCUAGAGGGAAAUUGAAAGCAGCGGAUCAGCGCGAAAGCCGUAAGCAAUAUCCCAUUGAAUGCAUCUUAACAAUUAAAAUGUUUCUCCGAUUUCUUUUUUUUUCUGGUGUUUCGAACAGUUGUAGAAUAUAAAGAAGUGUUUUGUGUAGUGAAAAAAUGAACACUGAAUGAGUCAGAUCCGUAUGGGUAUGAUCAUUUACCCACCAAGUUAACACAACCAUCAGAAGAUACAUCUUAUGUAGAAUCAAAUUAGAAGUUUUUUUUUUAAUUUCAAUCAAUCAUGUUUAUAAAAAUCAUGUGAAUAUGUGAACAUUCGACUAUUCUGUGGCCACAAAGUUGGUUCGAAACAGCUCUCAUCAGGUGUCUCAUGUUUCGCUCGGCGCGUUCGACCCGGUGUGUUCUAUCAGGAAACCAAAUCGACUUUCGGUAAGAAUACAAUUUUUCCUUUCCAUUUUUGUUUCAUACUUUUUUAGUUCCAUCAGAUUACAUACUAUUGUGAGAAUUGCACAUUCUAUCCUGAUAAAAUUCACCUAUUUCGACAGUAUGAGAAAAUCUUAAAAGUGUUAUUUUUUUUGUCUAUUUCUUUCGUAUGAGUGCGAUUUCUUGACGCUCGGUGCAGGGCUCACACAUUGAUCGUACUUCUGAGUGUUUGAUUUCAUGAAAAUAAAAUAAAACGAAUGUACUGUUAUAAAAAAUAAAUAGAAGUAAAUUAAUAUACAUACAGCCCAAUACAUACAUGCGCAUACAUCCCACUAAAUGAUCGUAUUUAGCUAUUUUAGGUGUAGACUAUUUCUGUUUGUAGGAAUAAUGAACAUAAUUGCUACAAAUACUUUAAAUAGGUGUAUAUCUGCAAAACAGACUAUUGAAUAUUGAAUAAAAAGGUGAACAAUUUUAGAA